AGCUUCGUCCUUCGGCCGCCCCCACAGAAGGUGGUUUCUUUAGCAAGAUGGCGGCGAGCGGCCUCCGGCGGGCUGCUGCUACGGUGCCCACUUCAGUGAAGCCCAUUUUUAGUCGGGACAUGAACGAAGCCAAGCGGAGGGUGCGCGAGUUGUACCGCGCCUGGUAUCGAGAGGUGCCGAACACUGUGCACUUGUUCCAGCUCGACAUCACUGUGAAGCAAGGACGGGAUAAAGUCCGAGAAAUGUUCAUGAAGAAUGCCCACGUCACAGACCCCAGGGUGGUGGAUCUUCUGGUCAUUAAGGGCAAGAUGGGGCUGGAGGAGACGGUCAACGUGUGGAAGCAGCGGACGCACGUCAUGCGGUUCUUCCACGAAACAGAGGCGCCGAGGCCGAAGGAUUUCCUGUCCAAGUUCUAUGUUGGCCAUGACCCGUGAAGUC